GGCUUCCACUUCAAUAGGUAAAUGUCUCUGAGUGGGAAAAAGAGACCCAGAGUGAGGGUGAGGGAGCGAGGCAAGGAGAAGGCUGGCUUAAAUAAGGACACAGAUCCCUCAGCUCGACUCAUGGGAUCUCCCAUCUGAGAAAAGAGAGAGCCAGAAAGAGCAAGGCAGAGCAAGCCAGAAAAAAAAAAUAUAUAUAUAUAUAAUAAUAAAUACAAUAAAAUCAACUUUACACAAAAAGACUCUGACACUCAGCUAAACUUGAAUCCAACCUUUGCUGAGUUUGAGAAAGAGAGCAAGAGAAAGACAGAGAAACAGAGAGGGGGCAACAUGCUGGUGCUUUUCCUGAUGGUCCAUCUUACCCAUGCUGCUUUGGAUUCUGGGCAGCCAGAUCAGGUGCCCACAGUUUGUCCUGCUAGGUGCCAGUGUGAAGAGGAUGGCAUCCUCUCUAUGGUGGAUUGUUCGGAGUUGGGGCUGUCUGCAGUGCCGGCCAGGCUUAACCUCUUGACCUCCUACCUGGAUCUCAGCAUGAAUAACAUCAGCACACUGCGACCAGAAAGUUUUCGCAAUCUUCACUUCCUGGAAGAACUGCGGCUAUCAGGAAAUCGCCUCAGGAAUAUCCCAUCCCAAGCCUUCACUGGACUCUACAACCUAAAAGUGCUAAUGCUUCAAAAUAAUCAGCUGCAACAGCUUCCAGAUGAAGUGCCAUGGGACCUUCCAAACCUCCAGUCCUUACGCCUUGAUGCCAACCUCAUCAGUGAUGUGCCAGAGAAGAUGUUUAGCGGGCUACGCUCCCUCCGACAUUUAUGGCUGGAUGACAAUGCCCUCACUGAGAUUCCCGUCUUUGCACUCAACAAGCUGCCAACCUUGCAGGCAAUGACUCUCGCCCUGAAUCAUAUCAGCUAUAUUCCUGAUGGCGCCUUCCGCAACCUCUCCAGCCUUGUGGUACUACAUCUUCAUAACAACAAGAUCCAUUCACUUGGUGAGAACUGCUUUGAUGGCUUGCACAGCUUGGAGACCUUAGAUCUGAACUACAAUGAACUUCAAGAGUUCCCCGUUGCCAUCAGAACACUGGCUAAGCUACAGGAGCUUGGCUUUCACAACAACAACAUUAAAGCGAUUCCAGAGGGAGCAUUUGUUGGAAACCCCCUGUUGCAAACCAUCCACUUUUACGAGAAUCCCAUCCAGUCUGUUGGCAAGUCAGCCUUCCAGUACCUGCCAAAGUUACACACUCUGUCGUUGAAUGGGGCAACAGAAAUAAAGGAAUUCCCAGACCUCAAAGGAACAACCAGCCUGGAGAUUCUAACGCUGACAAGGGCAGGACUCACCGCUCUUCCAAGAACUCUCUGUCAACAGCUACCAAGCUUACGAGUAUUGGAACUGUCUCAUAACCAGAUACAAGAACUCCCCAGCUUUCACCACUGUCGGCAGCUGGUUGAAAUAGGCCUCCAGUACAAUCAUAUCAAAGAGAUCCAAGAGACCACCUUCCAGCAGCUGACAGCCCUGAGGUCCCUUGAUCUGAGUGGCAACAGUAUAGAAUUCAUUCAUCCAGAAGCCUUUACUUCCUUACGGUCUCUCGUUAAGCUGGAUUUGACUGAUAACCGGCUGAGCACUCUACCCUUGGAUGGGCUCAGCGGACUCACCCAUCUCAAACUGAAGGGCAAUUUGGCCCUUUCUGAAUCCUUCAGCCAGGACAGCUUCCCCAAAAUGAGGGUCUUAGAAAUGCCUUACGCCUACCAGUGCUGUCCAUAUGGAGCCUGUAAAAAUUCUUUCAAAUCAUCUAGCCAGUGGGGAGUAGAAGAGAUGCGAAAGGAUGAUGAAGAGGUGCAGAAGAGGGCCAUGGCCAUUUUUCCAAGUCAUGUUGAGAGCAAUUAUGAGCUUGAUAUGGAAGACUUCCAAAUUGAGACAGAUGACUCGAAGUUGCUUCCUACCAUCCAGUGUAGUCCAACACCAGGUGCUUUCAAGCCGUGUGAAUACCUGUUUGACAGCUGGAUUAUCCGCCUGGGUGUUUGGGCUAUCACACUGAUCUCCCUGAUAUGCAACAGCCUUCUCAUUGUGACAGUGUUUGCUUCGCCCAGCUAUCUGUCACCGGUCAAGUUAGUCAUUGGUUCUAUUGGAGGAGCCAACUUGCUGAUGGGCUUGUGUAUGGGCACAUUGGCUCUCUUGGACGUGCUGACCUUUGGAGAGUUUUCCAGGCAUGGUGCUCGUUGGGAAAGUGGCCUGGGCUGCCAGGUGGAAGGUUUUCUUUCCAUUUUUGCUUCUGAGGCCUCCAUUCUCUUCCUGACCCUAGCUGCAGUGCAAUGCAGCAUUUCUGUGUCUUGUGUCCGCGCCUAUGGCAAGUCACCAUCUUUUAGCAGUGUUAAGCUGGCUGCACUUUGUUGCAUUGUGCUCUCCUUGGCUGUAGCUGCUCUUCCACUUUUCUCGGUGGGGGAGUAUGGCUCAUCCCCUCUGUGCCUCCCUUCUCCCCUGCCAGAGAGUAGGCCCUCUACAUUGGGCUUCAUGGCAGCUCUUAUCAUGAUGAACACCCUUUGCUUUUUGGUGAUUACUGGAACGUACAUCAAGCUUUACUGGGACCUCAUGAAGGGAGAGUUCGACAGCAUUUGGGAUUGUGCCAUGAUCAAGCAUGUGGCCUGGCUCAUCUUCACCAACUGCCUUCUCUACUGCCCGGUGGCCUUCCUCACCUUCUCCUCCUUGCUCAGCCUUUUCCCGAUAAGUGAUGAGGUUAUCAAAUCGGUCCUCCUCAUGCUGCUUCCCCUUCCUGCUUGUCUCAACCCUCUCCUCUAUCUUCUGUUCAACCCCCAUUUUAAAGAGGACUUUCGCCUGCUAUGGAGGAAACCCCGACCUCAGGAGGAAAGUGAAUCUUCAGAUACGUUUGCUUCAGAAGAAACUGAAAAGAGCUCAUAUGACUCUACCCAGGCAUUGGUAUCCUUCUCUGAUGUGGAUCUGGUCUUUGAGAGUGCAGUAAUUCCCACAUUGGAGUCUUUCGGAUACCCCACAUCAUCUACAAUCGCUCUUAUUCCCUGCCAGCAGAGAUCUCCCUCCAGGCAAGAUGGUAUGACCGCUUCUGCAAUGCAGUCUUGCCUUCCCAAAGAGGAACAUUUCUGUACCUCUGCCUCUUACUCCCCCCCAUUUAUAAAGUAACAUUUCAAAACGAGUAAGCUCAAAAUCAUUCCCAAGAAUUCCUGCUGGGUUCAUUGGGUUUGGACCACAGUUCUCAUCAUUCCAAUUUAUGAUGCAAUAAAUUUGGAUUGUUCCAUGAAAUCUGUUGAGCAGUCCUGGAAUGCUGAAGUCUGUUUUGUUUUGUAAUUCUCAUCAGAUUGAGCAGCAAUGAAGAGAUCCGCCUCUCCAUUUUCUUGUUUCUCAUAAAAGUAAAUCUCAAGGCACUAAAGGGCUGCUUGAAACAAAGGUAUGCGCCGAUUAUUUCUCAUAUUCAAUUCAUUCUUUCUGAAAUGCCAAUUAACUGAGCACUGAAGGUUUACAUUGUCCAAAGCAUUUCUGUUUGGGUGUCUGAGGUCAACACAUCAGUCAAUACAAAGACAACUAGUCUGUUAGUCUGCUCUGUGAUUCCAAAUAUGUGUACUAAUAGCCAUUGUAACUGAUUUUUUGUUUUUUGUUUAGAAAAAUAUAAAGAUUUUUUUUUCAGGCACCCUGUUAUUACAAUUCCUGCCUCUUUACCUCAUAUUUCAUCAGAGAAACUGUUAAUAUGUAACAAAAAUCGUUAAAUUUGUUAUUUCAAUGUAUUUCUUAAUUAGAAACUAGCUUUUACUGUUUGUGAGACAUGUUAUUUAAUUAAAUAGCUUGUUCCUGCUUUCAUUCAGAAUUUUCUUUUAUCUAUGAAUAUAUUAUUUUUUUGGGAAAAAAACCCAGCAAAUUGCUUUGUACACUUGGAGUGAAUUAGUCCUGAUCAGUCCUUAAUGUUUUUUGUAAUUAUUCUGGGAGCACUUUAGUUUAGGUGUUCAUUAUAAGCAGCGAUUUAUAUUCACUAUGGUCAUGGUAGUCAAGACGUACAGUAAGCAGCUUUUGGGUGUGUUUUUACAAGUUGGCUAAUGCAAGCCCUCUCUAAAAAGUGUCUCUACGUUGGUUUAAUGGAAUCAGCGACUCCAUUUUAGGGUGCUUUCACUUGCAUAUGUCACAUAUGUACUUUCACAAAACCAUUAAGGAAAAAUUUGUUAUGAAUUUUAAAGAGCAGUGGAUCUCAUGGACACACCUGAGAGAAACACAUAAUGACAUACUGUAGGUAAAGCAGUCGAAGUCCAUCAGUGACCUUCUCUUUAAAAGUCUAUCUUAAAAGAGCUUCAUCCUCGGCUAUAUAAAUGCACGCACAUGUCAUCCAGUGCUCACCACGACAUUUUCUUAGUUAUAACAAAUAAGCACAAAUAUUUCUAUAAAAGCACAGUGAAAACAUUGUUCUCUGUUUUUACCCAGGUUUAUUCAGCAACUGGCUCCUAGCUUGAUAAGCUAAAUAAAAAAGGGCCUGCUCUCCUUCAUGUCAAACAACUUCCCAGUAAAGGACAGUUUAAUGAUUAUGCAAAUGUACGGUACCUGGUUUCAGAUCAACAAAAUGUUGCAUGAAAAGCAGAUCAGUGGGACAAAUGAACUGGAAUACAUACUUGAGACUCACAUGGGAGUCUUACAAGUUUUCCAGUUAGCCAUUAUAAGUCCUCCAAAGUGCCCAUGUAAUUAUCUUUGGGAUGAAUAGAAAUGCUGAUUGAGUCUGUCUCUAUGUACAGAUCACAUGUGUCUCAGUCUGAAAUUGUGGGAAUUGCUGUAUACGUAAAUAAUAAGGAAAAUUAAGUUUUUGUGGGGCAGUGGGUAGUGCCGCUGC